GCAAUGCGGGCGUCCCCGGCACGCGGCCCCCGCGGGCACCAUGAGCCCCCUGCUCCGCCGCCUGCUGUUCGCCGCGCUCCUGCAGCUGGCCCGCACCCAGACCCCUGUCUCCCAGCACGAUGCUCCCGGCCACCCAAAGAAAGUGGUGUCAUGGAUAGAUGUGUAUUCUCGUGCCACCUGCCAACCCAGGGAGGUGGUGGUGCCCCUCACUAUGGAGCUCAUGGGCUCUGUGGCCAAACAAAUGGUGCCCAGCUGUGUGACCUUGCAGCGCUGCGGUGGCUGCUGUCCUGACGAUGGCCUGGAAUGUGUGCCCACUGGGCAGCACCAAGUCCGAAUGCAGAUCCUCAUGAUCCGUUACCCAAGCAGUCAUCUGGAGGAGAUGUUUCUGGAAGAACACAGCCAGUGUGAAUGCAGACCAAAAACAAAGCAGAGUGCUGUGAAGCUGGACAGGGCUGCCACACCCCACCACCAUCCCCAGCCCCGCUCUGUUCCGGGCUGGGACUCUGUCCCCGGAGCACCUUCCCCAGCUGACAUCAUACAUCCCACUUCAGCCCCAGGAUCCACUGCCCACGCUGCACCCAGCGCCGACAGCGCCCUGACCCCCGGACCUGCCGCUGUCGCUGCCGACACCGCAGCCUCCUCCGUUGCCAAGGGCGGGGCUUAGAGCUCAACCCAGACACUUGCAGGUGCCGGAAGCUUCGAAGGUGACAUGUUGCUUUUCAGACUCAGAGGGGCCUUUCCCUUCCAAGCCCCACGUCAGUGAGAGAGGAAAGGAGUCUGGGCAGAAUAGCCCAGCCCCAGGAAGAAACUGCUUCUUGGAGGGCUCUUCUGCCGUCCUUUUUCUCCUGAGCCUGCCAUCUAAUACAGUUGAUGGAGAGUAACGGCAGCAGCCAGAGCAGUCAUGUCCCGGCUUAGGGAGGGUGGUAUGCUGUCUGUUAACCACUGUGGGCAAGUGAGCAUCUUCCUGCCACUCCCCCCUCCCCCCAUUAUGAAGAACCCAAACCUCUGCAAUAAUGGGAUUUGGUCUCUAGUGUGAUAACUGUGAUCCCCCUAACCCUGAUAAAAGAUGGAACUGUCA